AUGUCUAGAGACCCACACGAUGAUGAACUGCCGAGCUAUGAGGAGGUGAUCAAAGAAGAGGAGAGAUUGCAAGGCCAACCACCACGACCACCGAGACCGAUAUCCAGCGCAACCCAGAGGCCCCAACAGAGGCCCCAACAGAGGCCCUCGACCGUGCCAUCUGCGUCUUCGUCCCAUACGCAUGGUCGCGUUCAUUCUCAUACGCCUUCGAGUUCCUAUGUCCGCCCUCCACCGAAACCACAGCAGAAUCCAAGCUUGCCAUGGACAUACCCUUCUGGGUUUUACUGUUCUAAAUGUGGAAAUACCGGCUACAAAAUGAAGAAUGGACGAUCUUGUAAAUCGUGUUGGAGAAGAUUUGCACCUCAAAACAACAUAGUUGCUGCACCAACAUAUUACACAAACUACACGAUGCCCGUAUACACUAGCGCAUGGCAGGGUAACCGGCCAUUGUGCGUUCAACCGGGAGACCCUCGCCUUGGAGGCAUCUUAUGUGGAGAAUGUAGAGGGUCUGGACGUACCAGGUUUCUAUUAGAUGAAGAUAUAUGUCCUCUGUGCCACGGUGUAGGCAGAAUUAUAACCCAACCUCAACGCUAUUAA